AUGGCGGGUGGCCAUGAUGAUUUCAACGAUCACAUAUCAGGAUUGACGGAUGCAGACAUUCACACCUUUACCGAUGAGGUCGUGAAGAAAUAUUUCAAUCCAGCCACUGAAUUCAUAUUCGAGAGAUUCCUCGGCAAGGGCACCGACGGAUUGACAUUCCUUAUCCGUGAAAAAAUAGGUUACGGCGCGAUUAGAGAUAGAGAUCGUGCCCGCUCUCUUUCGCCUUAUAAUACCCCGAGCCCACGUGGUGCGCGAAGUCCUGCCCAGGAUCAAUUAGAUGGACUUACGGAUGAGCAACUGUUGGGAAAAAUCAUACCUCCUCCAAGCCCGCCCCGGUCUAGCCCGAACCGGCCCCGAGAAGACAACCAGGGCCGGGCCAGAGCACGCCCAUACGGCAGAAGGGACAGAAGCCGUAGUCCUUUGGGGGGUAUCGUUACCCCUCCCCAACUACACAGUCGUCGAAUCGUAUUAAAAAUAGACAGACUCGUCGUUGAGCAGUAUUUCUUUGGAAGUGAUUGGGUCCUUAGUGGUGGUACUGAGGCCGCGGAAAACAAUUGCGCGAAAGAAACUGAGUAUCUCGAGCGAAUGGAAAAUUGCCAACACGUAGUGAAUCUUGUCGCUGUUCAUAAUAACCCUCUCAUCACAACUCGGCCGCCAUUGAGAGACAAGCAUGUUUUUUAUGACAAGGAAUGGCUCAUGGAGGAAUAUCUAGAAAAUGGAUCACUCACACAUCUUCUAGAGAGGCUUAACGCGAAGUGUAAAGCACAACCAGGAACCGCCUUCUUACCGAAUAGGGUCCUAUGGGGUUUGUUUUAUUGCCUCCUUAAAAUGGAAAUUGCAAUGGCCUGGCCUGACCAGGAUGGAAAUGAUGAGCCAGAGGAAUGCCUGUCUGAGAAGGUAUUCGAGUAUAUUGAGCAUGGUGAUCUUCACGAGGGGAAUCUCAUGUUCGGCAGCGAUACACAUUGUAAUUCUUUCCUGCCUGUCUUGAAGCUAAUAGAUCUGGCUGCGGCCACUGAGGAUAACGAUGAAGGUGAAACCAGGGUGGCUGAUCUCGCCCAUAACCCUGAAGCAAUUGCUAGGAAUUUAUUUGAUAUCGGAAAAGUGAUGGCGAUCUUGAUAUUGCCAGGUCAAUGGGAUCAACUUACAUUGAAACUGGUUCCUGAAAGGGAAGAAAAGGUGGCUAUCAAAUCCCCAUUUUCGCAAGAUACUUUUGAGACGAUUGCCGUCGAACUUCUCGCACCGAUCCCCGAAUGUUAUGCGGUCGAGGACCCGCUGAAGAUUCUAGUUGCGGCUUGUAUGGCCGUCGAUUACCAGCGCCGUCCGAGGAUAGUUGAGCUCCACGACUUUGUUCGGCGGAUGGUGCGGCGUAGAGAUCCAAGUUAUUAUCUUGCAGUCAAUAAAAACGAAAUGGCACAGAAUAAACGACCUAGAUUCAACGUCGAGAAUGAAACUGAUCAAAGGAUCCGAGACUUAGUCGCAGAACUCAUACAUUGCCCUCCUGUAUCAAUCGCGGCUCAAUAG